AUGUCUGUUUCUUCCCCAAACCAGACAUGGCGAGAUAGUUUAAACGAUAAUCCGAUACUACAGAAUGUACGAAAAUUCCUCUCUUACUUCCCACUUAAAUUAAAUAAACCUCUUUAUAAGAGUAGAGAUCUCUUGUGCUCGAGAUUGUAUAUUUGGGGACCAGAUUGGAAAAAUCAAGAAAUAUCAUUCGACCAGGAAUGUCUAAAAUGGCAGACUUAUUUAAAAUUCAUCGGAGAAGAUUUUGAAGUCAAAUAUUCAAAUGAGCCCCUUAUGUCCCCAUCAGGAAAACUUCCAGUACUUAUAUUACCAACUGGUGAGGUUCUCGUGGACGAAAAGAUAGUAGAUUAUGCAAAAGAAAAUAAAUCGAAUAAACUCGGAGAGCUAACCAACCAAGAACAUCAGGCCGAUUCUGAAGCAUUCAUUGCAUUGGCCGAUACAAAAUUGCGUCAUGUGUUGCUUUAUACUCUUUGGUGUGAACCAGAAUAUGAAAGUAUUACAUGGGGAAAAUAUGGUAAAAGUUAUGCCAAACCUUUGAACAGAUUAUUGAUGUAUCAGGCAAAGAACGCUGCAAUUAAAGAAAUGUUAACUCGAAGACCUAUUCUAAACCGGGAAGAAAUAUACCAAGAAGCAGCUGAUGCAUUGAAGGCGUUUUCUGUAGCUUUGGCUGACAAAAAUUACUUUUUCGAUGAAAGGUUUUAUACUUGA